AUGAGUUCUACACAACCAUUUCCUAAUGUCCAUCUAUUGGCACAAUCGAAGCAGUUGCUUGGCUUGUACACUAUCAUCAGAGAUAGCCUUACUAAGAGAUCUGAUUUCAUAUUUUACUCUGAUAGAAUCAUCAGGUUGUUGGUCGAAGAAGGUUUGAACCAUUUGCCAGUAACUCCAAAGACUAUUACCACUGACACAAACCAGAAAUUCGAAGGUUGUUCCUUCCUAGGUAAGAUUUGCGGUGUUUCUAUUGUAAGAGCAGGUGAAUCCAUGGAACAAGGUUUGAGAGACUGUUGCAGAUCGGUUCGUAUUGGUAAGAUUUUGAUUCAAAGAGAUGAGGAAACUGCUAUGCCAAAGUUGUUUUAUGAAAAACUACCUGAAGAUAUCGCUGAUAGAUACGUUUUCUUGUUGGAUCCGAUGUUAGCUACUGGUGGUUCUGCUAUCAUGGCUACCGAAGUGUUGAUUCAAAGAGGUGUGUUGCCAGAAAGAAUCUUCUUCUUGAACUUAAUCUGUUCCAAGGAAGGUAUCGAUAACUACCAUGCUAAAUUCCCAAAUGUCAGAAUCGUUACCGGUGCUAUAGAUGCAGGUUUGGACGAAAACAAAUAUUUAAUGCCAGGUUUGGGUGAUUUCGGUGACAGAUACUACUGCAUCUAA